CCCUCGUCGUCGCGCCGCGCGAGGCCCCGUCCUCGUCGCCAUGGAGGCCGCCGAACUCGCAAACCAAGCCAUCCAACACAGCUACUCCAAGGACAAGAAGGUCGGCGAGGGUACCUACGCCGUCGUCUACCUCGGCAAGCAGCUCAAGACUGGCCGCAAGAUCGCCAUCAAGAAGAUCAAGGUCGGCCAGUUCAAGGACGGCCUCGACAUGUCGGCCAUCCGCGAGGUCAAGUUUCUGCGCGAGCUGCGGCACCCAAACGUCAUCGAGCUCCUCGACGUCUUCUCCAACAAGACCAACCUCAACCUCGUCCUCGAGUUCCUCGACACCGACCUCGAGGCCGUCAUUCGCGACAAGGCCCUCCUCUUCCAGAGCGCCGACAUCAAGUCGUGGAUGCUCAUGACGAUCAAGGGCCUCGACUUUUGCCACCAAAACUGGAUCCUCCAUCGCGACAUGAAGCCCAACAACUUGCUCAUCUCGGGCGACGGCGUCCUCAAGCUCGCCGAUUUCGGUCUCGCGCGCGAGUACGCCGACGAGGCGGCCAAGAUGACGUGCCAGGUCGUGACUCGGUGGUACCGGUGUCCUGAGCUCCUCCUCGGCGCCCGCUCGUACUCGACCGGCGUCGACAUGUGGGCGACCGGAUGCAUCUUUGCCGAGCUCAUGCUGCGCGUGCCGUUCAUGGCCGCCGAGAGCGACAUGGAGCAGCUCAACAUCAUCUUCACCGCGCUCGGGACCCCGACCGAGCAAGACUGGCCGGGCUUCGGCAAGCUCAGCAGCGGCGCGACGUUCGACCCGAAACCGCGCAGCGACCUCGGGUCGCUGUUCAGCGCCGCGUCGCCCGAAGCCAUCGACCUCCUCCACAAGACGCUCCUGUACGACCCUCGCAAGCGCAUCACCGCCCGCGAGGCGCUCCACCACCCCUACUUCCACACCUCGCCCCGCCCGACCCCGACUCGGCUCCUCCCGAAACCGACGGCCGAACUCGCGCCGCGCGCACUCCCGCCAGAAGAAGUCGGCGCUCCCGUCGGCAUGGGCAGCAAGAAGCGCAAGGGCGAGGGGUACGACGAGAUCCCGGGCGCGAAGAAGGUCGCGAGGCGGUUGGACUUUGGACAGGGUUAGUCGUCGUCGUCGGGUCGAAGGAGGGGGCCGAACGGCUGGGAGGCCCGUGUGUUGUACUUGAUACCCCCCUCGCAAUGUGCAUCUCUCCCUUGCUCGUC